AUAUAGAGUUUGUUCUUUCCGACUAAAAUACACUUAGCUUAAGUGAAAGUUGUAAUUAUAACUGAUGGGUAUUGAACUAAGCUUACUGAAUAAAAGUGAACUAUACUUGACUGGGCUCGAAAAGAACAAAGCCAUUACCUUGAAAAGCUUUCAAAUUUUUUGUGAGAUUCAGUUGCACACCUUAUCAGAGGACUGAGAAUGGCUAGAUCUCUCUGGUUCAUGACCAAGUGGGUAAGAAAAAAGCAGGUGUAGUUGAGUUGGCGGCAUCUGCAGAAGUAAAAUAAGGCGUUGGAAGAUGUUCCAACUUCUCCACUUGUUUCUUAUGCGUGAUUCUAUGUGGGAAGUGGAGAGCCUGAAGAAGCCUUUCACUCCGCCUCGUGAGGUUCAUGUUCAAGUAACACACACUAUGCCCCCUCAGAAAAUUGAGAUAUUCAAAUCUUUGGAGGACUGGGCAGAACAAAAUAUAUUGGUUCAUUUGAAGCCAGUUGAAAAAUGCUGGCAAGCACAGGACUUUCUACCAGAUCCUGCAUCAGAUGGUUUCUACGAUCAGGUGAAGGAACUUAGGGAGAGGGCAAAAGAGAUUCCAGAUGAUUAUUUUGUUGUUUUAGUUGGAGAUAUGAUCACAGAAGAAGCUCUUCCAACAUAUCAAACAAUGCUCAACACCCUCGAUGGUGUUAGGGAUGAAACAGGUGCAAGCCUCACCUCUUGGGCUGUUUGGACAAGGGCCUGGACUGCUGAGGAAAAUAGGCACGGAGACGUCCUUAAUAAGUACCUGUUCCUUUCUGGGAGAGUUGAUAUGAAAGCAAUCGAGAAGACAAUUCAGUACUUGAUUGGGUCAGGAAUGGACCCUCGGACUGAAAACAAUCCCUACCUUGGGUUCAUCUACACAUCGUUUCAAGAAAGGGCAACCUUUAUCUCACACGGUAACACUGCAAGGCUUGCAAAGGAGCAUGGGGAUAUGAAACUGGCUCAGAUCUGCGGCAUAAUCGCGUCUGAUGAGAAGCGCCAUGAGACUGCAUAUACCAAGAUCGUGGAAAAGCUUUUUGAGGUUGAUCCAGAUGGGACAGUGCUGGCCCUUGCGGACAUGAUGAAGAAGAAAAUCUCCAUGCCAGCACACUUGAUGUUUGACGGACAGGAUGAUGACCUCUUUGACCACUUCUCAGCAGUGGCUCAACGGCUUGGUGUCUACACGGCAAAAGACUACGCAGACAUUCUAGAGUUUCUUGUGGGGAGAUGGAACGUGGGCAAUCUUGCAGGACUUUCGUCUGAAGGGAGAAGAGCUCAAGAAUACGUUUGUGGACUGCCCCCAAGAAUCCGAAGACUGGAGGAGAGAGCUCAAGGGAGAGCCAAGCAGUCACCCAUCGUUCCGUUUAGUUGGAUUUAUAAUAGAGACGUGCAGCUCUGAAUGUCUCUCUCCAUCUGCUAUCGGCUGCUGGUGAUCUAUGUGAAUUGCAGUCUAGAUUGCAAUUCACAUCUAGUUCAAUGGAUAUAAUAUUAUGCAUAAAUUGUAGUAGUUGCAGUCAUUUGUGUCAUUCGUUAGUUCUUCGUAUAGGCUCUAAUUACAUUAUAUUCUCUCUGUGUGUGUUGGUGGCGUCGUUUGUUUCUGUUUUUUCAUCUGGUGCUUUAGACUAAACAUUUUGAUCAACUUCAAUGUGAAAUUUUGAUGGUGUUGUUAAAUAGAUACUCAUAUUAUUU